AUGGGCAGCCAAUACUACCGCGGCGCGAGCUAUUAUGUUAACGCAACGUCUCCAGUGUCGGCGGGAGGAGACUUCCUUGAAUCUCCCACGUUCCUAGAGGCACCGGCGCUCGUUAGACAGCUGUCCGACACCAGCUCAAGCAGAGAGCCCCUCACACCGUCCUCCUACGGCUCGCCUGGAUCGCCAGGCAUGUCCUACGCUUACCACACGACGAACAUGAGCCACUCCCCGACGGACAACAGCUAUGCGUCGUACUACGGCGAGGACACCGGCGGUUAUUACGGCGACGACUACGCCACCGCCGCGUCCUCUUCGGCGCAGCAGACGACGGAUUCCUACUAUGGCGACGUCGACUGGUCAAAAUAUGACUACGUCCCCACCGAGGAUGGAGGUUACUGGCAGAUGAAACCACGAUUCGUUCCUGCAGGGCAGUAUCCAGCGGUGAUACCUCACCAGGGAGGACAAGAACAGCAAGAGGUGGUAGACUACAAGUUUCCCUGCCUGGAAGCCGGCUGUACCGCGAACCCGUUCAAGAGGAAGGCAGACCUCGAGAGACACUACAGACAAGUGCACCAGGACCCGUCCAAGAAGGAGGCUCACAAGUGCGAUUAUCCCAAGUGUUCGAGGAAGAACGAACCGUUCGGACGACGAGACCACUUCCGCGAUCACUUGCGAGACUAUCACAACGAGGACAUCUUCAAGCGGGGCACGCACGUGGAUGACAGCUGGCUCCAGGGCCGUAAUCUGUCGUCCCGGUGGUGGCGGUGCUCAAAGUGUCUGAUCAGGGUCGACGUCAAUUCGUACCCCGACCAUGUCUGCCCCAAAUGCAAGAACCCGUGCGAAGACAAGCGCAAGCGAGCCAGAGGUUGGCAUUGA